CUAAAUAUUGCUGAAUGCCAGUUCCAAGCAGACAUAUUGGCCGCUCUCAGAGCUGGGAUGCUGCAGGAUGGGACGAAGGCUGCUGGGAGAGCGACGCUACAUUUGAAUACCAGAGACCUCCUGGGAGAAGGAAUUCACUAACCUAUGGUGGUGAGGGAUUUUGGUGUGAGCAGCCAAGCUGUAAACCACAUGAUAUCAUCUUGCAAGGAGGUACGGACUUGAAACAAGACUUGUAUCAAUAUCCAGAACCACAUUUUACGCAGAGUUCCUUUUGGAGAGGUUCCAUUCCUGAUUUUAUGUAUUACGACCGACAGCCUGCGAUGUCCUCACGGAGUUCCUUGCCACCUCAGGAUUACUACAAUGAUCCUUCUUUAGCUACUAGAUCACCUAGAGAUUCAUGCUACUAUAGAGAUCACAUGACUAACAGACCUUUAUCGAAUUAUGGCAUGCCUGGGGGUAGAUUGGCUUGGGACCAGAUGCAAGUACGGUCACCUGUACCACAUGAAGCCAGCCAUAUAUACAGAGAUCCUGUGAUCAAGAUGGUUCCCGAAGCACAGAGGAUUCGAAAUAGAGAUCCUUCUCUAACAAGGUAUGGUGUUGAACCCCCUGCAUCUAGAUGCAGAGGAGAACCUUCUGUAUUACCUUAUCGACAAGUUUAUAAUGACGUAGUAGAGAGAUCUGUAGAUUCUGUAGCCAGUAAACAAGUUGCUCCGACAUGUUUGGUAGUCGAUCCAAAUUCAGCUGCAGCCCCUGAUGGAAAUGUAAUGCUGCCUGCCACUUCUGUAAAUCGUGGUCAUGGACCAGUCAGAGACAAUUUCAGUACAAAAGUCCCUUAUGAUGGCUAUGAAGCAACAAUGACAUCUUCUCAAAUGCAGAUGCCUGCAUCUUUUCCAGGACAGGACAUUAAAAGGAAUGUGGAUCCAGAAUAUUUAGCCAUGAUGCGUUCUGAAGGAAUAUCAGAAAGCACUCUCGGUGCAUUGCUGCAGCAAGGAUUUGAUUCUCCAGGCUUGCUAGCAAUGAUGGAGGACAAUGACAUAAAAUCAGUGGCUCCAAAUCUAGGGCAGGCAAGAGUGCUUUCUCGAAUUGUUCAUACCUACAAAAUAGAAAUGCAACUCCAGAGGCAGUCUAGGAAAAGUACUGCUAUUCGUCCCAGAAACAGAUCAAAUAGUUUUAGUCACCGAAGCGAAUUACUCCAGAAUGAGUAUGGGACCCACCCUUUCACUAACCCUGUGGUGGAUGGUGUAGCUGCAUAUCAGUCACCAACUGCUUCAAUGCAACCACCGUCUCCAAGAAUAGCAGAAUUAACUCGCCGUCCAUCUAGUGCCCCAACACAACAUCUUUUGGAAACCGCAACAGGGUUUUCUCCUCAAGUCACUCCUUUUCUUCCCAGUUCUGGAUAUAGUGCUUCGGGCCCAUGCAAUAUGCAUAUUCGUCAAGCAACUGGCUAUUCUGCCCCCUCUGCGAUUCCUAUGAAUACGCUACAAACAAGUCCACAUGCAAAUUCCAAAAUAGCCUAUUCAACGACAUACACCGUACCCAUGGAACUGAUGAAAAGAAAUCCACUCUCCUCCCCUGCUCACAGCCCUCACAACAGUCCUCAGAUUCUUCGAAAGCAAGGAGUCCAAGUGGAACCCAAUCUGGCUCCUGUGGGACCAAGUUUUCCUGGACAUUAUUCGCCAUGUCAGAAAUCUACAAGGCGUACAGGUCCACCUGUCAUCGUCUCCACCAUGACAUCUCCUGAACCAAGUAUACGUCCACAAAUAAUGAAUGGCCCUUUGCAUCCUCGUCCAUUGGUGGCUUUGCUAGAUGGAAGGGAUUGUACAGUGGAGAUGCCUAUUUUGAAGGAUUUGGCUACUGUUGCAUUCUGUGAUGCUCAAUCUACUCAGGAAAUACAUGAAAAGGUUUUAAAUGAAGCUGUUGGAGCAAUGAUGUAUCAUACUAUCACUCUUACCCGGGAGGACCUAGAGAAGUUCAAGGCCUUACGAGUCAUUGUUCGGAUAGGCAGCGGUUAUGACAACAUUGACAUCAAGGCUGCAGGGGAACUUGGGAUUGCUGUUUGCAACAUACCUUCUGCAGCAGUUGAAGAAACAGCCGAUUCUACCCUCUGCCACGUCCUGAAUCUCUACAGGCGGAACACUUGGCUCUACCAAGCUCUGAGGGAAGGAACCCGAGUGCAGAGUGUAGAACAGAUACGGGAAGUGGCUUCUGGAGCAGCCCGUAUUAGAGGCGAAACACUUGGCCUGAUUGGAUUUGGUCGCACUGCACAAGCAGUAGCUGUUCGAGCUAAAGCAUUUGGAUUCAACGUGAUCUUUUAUGACCCAUACCUGCAAGAUGGGAUUGAAAGAUCCCUGGGGGUUCAGCGCGUCUACACACUUCAGGAUCUGCUGUACCAGAGUGACUGCGUAUCAUUACACUGUAACCUCAAUGAACAUAAUCAUCACCUGAUCAAUGAUUUUACGAUUAAGCAGAUGAGACAGGGAGCCUUUUUGGUAAACACAGCAAGGGGUGGUCUGGUGGAUGAAAAGGCCUUAACCCAAGCUCUGAAGGAAGGAAGGAUACGAGGGGCAGCACUGGAUGUCCACGAAUCAGAACCAUUUAGCUUUGCUCAAGGGCCCCUGAAAGAUGCACCCAAUUUAAUUUGUACUCCGCAUACUGCUUGGUACAGUGAACAGGCAUCACUAGAGAUGAGAGAAGCGGCUGCAACAGAGAUACGCCGAGCGAUCACAGGUCGCAUCCCCGAAAGCCUACGAAAUUGUGUGAACAAGGAAUUCUUUGUCACAACUGCUCCUUGGUCAGUAAUAGAUCAGCAAGCAAUUCAUCCAGAGCUCAAUGGUGCCACAUACAGAUAUCCACCAGGAAUGAUGAGUGUUACUCCAGGUGGAAUCCCAGCAGCUAUGGAAGGUAUCAUUCCAGGAGGGAUUCCAGUUACCCAUAAUCUUCCAACUGUGGCACACCCUUCUCAAGCUCCAUCUCCCAACCAGCCCUCAAAACAUGGGGACAACAGGGAACAUCCAAAUGAGCAAUAGCAGACAAUUUAAAGUACUCCAAUAUGGGACCAAGAGACGUUGGAAAAGAAAAUGACAAACUGAAAGGAAUUUGAUACAAAAUUUGUAAGGUUCAUUUUGGACAGAUGCAUCAUGAUGUUCCAGUGUUAACGAGGACGACAACCACAAAAAUUAAAAGAUAGGAGUCAAGACUUAAGGGAGGGAGGGGGAAAACAGAAGAAGUCAUCUGCUUACUGAAGCACUGAAAACUAGGAUUUGAUAACAUUACUGAUCAGCUUCUGUUAUUGUGUAUUUAAGUUCUUUCAUCUUUACAUCAAUCACAAGAAUAAUAUAUGUACCUUCUAUGUCCCUUUGGGGAAAAACAGCUGAUUGAAGUAUCUAUUACUUAGAACAUAUCUAACAGCCCUAACAAAGCUUACAUGAUAAUAGAGAGGACGCCAUCCUGUGACUUCAGCCCUUUCCUUACUCAAUCACCUGGCUUCUCUUUCUACACUUUGAGGAAAGAUGACCCACACACGGGGAGAGAGUUUUGCUUGUUACAGUUAUCUAUAGCCACUAAUUUACUGGAGGGAUGCUACUCAAGUUUAAUUACAGUUAUAUAGUUUGGAGAGGGGAAAAGGCCUACGUUAACUUACUGCCUUUUCCACAGAAAUUGAUGCUUCUCCUACAAGAUACACUUAAUAAAGUAGCUGUAAGUUCAAUAACACAUGUUGAUGAUGCAAAAAAAGUGUUAAGUCUCACAUUUAUAUUCAAAUAUAUUUUUCUCAGUUUUAAAUCCACAGCUAUUUUAUUGAGUGGAAAAGUCUUGAGCUGGAAAGGAUUCAAGAAUGUUGCAUUUCCUUAUGUCUCAGGAAAAAAAAACACUUUUUAUGGUAACUUGUCAGACUGUAUGAACAAAACCCACUUUUUUAGACAUUGAAGUCUUCUUUUCUUCAUGUGGUAUUUUAUACAAGAACACUUCAAAAUGUGUUAUUAGAUGUGACUGAUUUUAACAAAUCCUAUUAGAUUUGUAUCAACUAGUUACAUGUUAUAUUCAUAGUCUUUUGUGAAACAUCACCUUUUUGUUGAAAAAGAUGGCUUAUUCUGAGCCUUUGUAUGGGUACAUUCUGUUUCUGUGAUAAAAGUUUUAAAAGCUGUCCCAAACAAAACAAAACCAGAACCAAUGGCUACCAGAAAUAUGUUUUGUUUUAGUGUAUUACCGUUACUGUAUUUGUUUAUUGUAAAGGUGGACAUAUAGCGUUCAGUGCAGUUUUCAAUAAAAAGUGACAAUUUCUAUAAUUUCAGUUGGACCAGGCCCUCAAUGUUCUUGAACCAAUUCUAAUUGAGAACAUCACAGAAUCCACAGGAGUAGAUUAAAAACUUUCAUCCUUCAUAGACUAUUGAAUAUCUAGGAUAAAACUGGAUGGUGACUUUGAAUUUUUCAAAUGUGCCUCACCCCAGAAGUCAGUAUGCCUAGAAUCUGAGAAUCCUUAGCAUUUGGGUGAGAGUUGACAAGGUUAGCAAUAGGGUUUAAGACUUGUAUACCGCUUCACAGUGCUUUACAGCUUUACCUCUCUAAGUGGUUUACAGAGUCAGCAUAUUGCCCCUAACAAUCUGGGUCCUCAUUUUAUUGGAAGGCUGCCUCUCAGAAUCGAACUCCUGGAGUGAGCAGUGAGUUAGCCCUGCAAGUACUGAAUUCUAACCACUGUGCCAGCAUGGCUCUGAUGAUCCUGAUCAAGCAUCAUUUGGAACUCCUGGGACAACAUGGAGAAAGAGUUUCUUCUGUGCAAUCUUUUCCUCAUCAUAGCAGAACAUAUUGUAUAGUGGGAGAAAUAUAAUGUGUCUGAAUAUAAAAUAUUCCAAGAGCAAAGCAUUCUAAGCAAAAAGACUGCUCGUGCCCUACAUGCAAUCUUAGCAGCUCUAUUACUGUUAAACUUUAUGAAACUAACAGGUGAGGUAAAUAACAUUUUAUACUGGUCAGCAUCAAUCUGCUUUCAUGCCAAGUGUCCCAUAAUAAUCUUAUGGAUAAUUAACAGCUACUUUGCAACCACUGUCUAUCAUGCUGCUAUCAGUAUGAAAAGAAAAUUUGUAUUUCAUAUGAACCUCAAACUCACUAAAGGACCAUCCUGAAGAACUGUAGUAAUGAUUGCAAUGACUAAAAUACUCCAUAUAUGUUAAAACUUCGAUAAUUACUAGUCAAUAUUCUUCCAAAAGCCUAUACUGUGCUAUGUUGGAAAGGAAUUUAUGUGUGAAAGGAGAAAAGAUAAAGUUGCUCAAACACGGCACUUUUCUUUCCAUAGCAAAAGCUUUGGUCUUUUUUUCUUUUUCUUUUCUAUGUUGCCAAAGACCAGGGGUGUCAAACUCACGGCCCAAAUGCAUCACACCCUGGCCCCGCCUACCCCCAUUUUAGCAAAGGGCGGGAGCUGCGAUAUGUCACGUGAUGUGUUAUUGUGAGUUUGACAUCCCUGGUCUGUGGCAACAUAGAAAAGAAAAAGAAAAUUGGUCCAAGCAGGAAUUGAUAUAAAUUCAAAAAUCACAAAACUAAAUUUACAAUCCAUAGGACUUCAGUCAUGAAAAUAUAUAAAUAUUUGUGGCCAUUAAGAUAUCUGAUACUAAAAUUAGCUUGUCAGUGAACUUUUAAUGUGAUUUGAGAAGGCUUAAAGGGAAUGGGACACACACACAAAAUAAACUAUGGAAGCAGAAAUCAAAAACAAAUCAUUGGUACAAAACUUAUAUUUUGUUUUGAAUUGAUGGGAAAGCACAUUACCAGCUUGAACAUAUUCAAGGGAUUCAACUUCAUAAAUGUGUCAAUGAUCUAACACUGCAAAUAUGUGCAACUUACCAUAGAUACCAGAAUAGAGCAACCAGGAGAAGAAACAUUGAUGAAUUACAGAGAACAUUUUAGGAAGUCACACAAAUGAAGAUGAAGUAAUAAAACGUUUACAGUGGCAUUAGUAAAUUUUAGAAGCUGCUAUUCUUGGCACUUUGUACUUAAGCCAGGAAGUAGCAUUCCAAAUAGGCAUAAUUAGCAUUCAUGAAAAAUAAUACUUGAAUAAGCCAAUCAUAUUUGUUGUGGGAUGUCCUACCAUUAGUAAAUGUGCUUAAUAGAAACAUUAAUUUUGUAUUACUUCCAGUUACUAAUUUGAAGGGAUAACUCCUCACUUAAAAUCAGAUAGAUACUUAGAGGAAACUUUGUGCUGAAAUUUUUAUACCAGUUGCCAUUGUAAAAGUUCUCUUACUAGGCUAAAUCUAAGUUAAAUGAUAGAGAAGAGGCAUGCCGCUAAAAGAAUUUAUAAAAUAUUGGUGUAAUUAAGAAAGCAUAAUCCACUACAAUAGAACACGGCUUUGGGGGCAAAAUAAUUACCAUACAAAAUGGUGGAGAUGGCAAAUCAUUUUGAUGCUAACCAUAGAAGU